AUGCCUCGCAAGACGCUCCGUAUACUAUGCUUUGGAGACUCACUAACAUCGGGAUAUUUCUGCCAUGGCUUGGACUCGCAUCCAUACGCUCUCAAGCUGGAAGACCGGCUCACCGGGACGUUUCCCGAAGUGGACUUUGAGAUCGUGCUGAAUGCUGUGCCAGGCGAUGUUGCUUCUUUCAAGCGCUUCAAAGAUAGAAUGGAUGCUGCUUGGGAGGAUAAUUAUUACGACUGGACAAUUAUCCUCGGUGGUACGAACGAUAUAGCGUACGGCGUCCAACCUGAAGACAUCUUUUCCGCCCUUAAGGACUUAUACGAUGUCCCUCUGAGUAGAGAAUACAAGGUUCUCGCUCUAACAGUCCCUGAGUGCCAGUCAAAAGGCAAGAGAGGCACGUCGACAAGAAACGAGCUCAACCAGAGCAUCCUAAAGAACAAAGACACGGGAUAUUACGCCUUUGACCUUCAUUCCAAGAUACCCUACCAUUCGCUCUCAGAACGGGAUCGUGAAAGGUACUGGGAUGACGGUCUCCAUCUCCGAGACGAGGGCUACGACUGGAUGGGCAAUCACAUCGCCGACGCCCUUAUAGAUAUCCUCUGGAGCGAAGGCACAUUUGAAGAGCCCACCAACUCCAAAACCUCGGAAGUCUUGGCAUUGGAGGAUGAAGUCCAGUUCGAUGAAGAGGAUGGCAACCCUCGGAAUAUUAAUGAAGGAUACGUGGUUGUCCGCAAGAAAGAUUUGGACUAA